UGGUGCUGCACAUUCUGAGUAUAUAUAACACAGAGGGCCACUCACAUCUGUGGACGGGGAACGGGGACGAGGAAGGCGGGGCCCAUACGUAGUAACAAGGGCAGAGAGCCGAGCAGCGUGGAGCCAAUGAGCGCUAAAGGGGAGUUCCUCUUCUUAAGUUUCUUGGGGGAUCGAUGAAGUUGGAGCUCAAACGCAUAUGCUGCAUCUGUUUGUUUCGAAAAAAUUCUUGAGUGUGUGCAAGUCAGACAAGGUUAUCGACAGUGAACAGCAGCUGGAGAAGGUUGAGGACAGCCCAGAAGCAAACGUUCACGUGGAUUUUGCUUGAGGAAGACUGUUAUAUUUGCAGACUCAGUUUGUCUAACGGUUUAAGACAAGACAGCACAAGGGGCUUCAGGCACGACUUCCCCAACCACCACAAAGAGAGAUGGAGAAGCCCCCUUUACCGAGUGAUGACGGUGGGCACGGCCUGGGAGAGAGCCACUCAGACGCCGCGCUCAUGCCAGUGGGAGGGCCGCUUCCAAACUGUGAGGCAGGCCCAGCGGAAGACCGCCCUGCGUGGGACAGUAAGCUUCAGUAUGUCCUGGCCCAGGUGGGCUUCAGCGUCGGCCUGGGCAACGUCUGGAGGUUCCCAUACCUCUGCCACCAGAACGGAGGGGGAGCGUUCAUGCUUCUGUACGUGAUGUUGCUGAUGGUGGUGGGGGUUCCCCUGUUCUUCAUGGAGCUGGCUGCAGGCCAGUGCAUCAGACAGGGCAGCAUUGGUGUGUGGAAACACAUCUCUCCUCGGCUGGCUGGAAUCGGCUACUCCAGCUGCAUGGUGUGCUUCUUUGUGGCUCUCUACUACAAUGUGAUCAUCGCUUGGUCCCUCUUCUACCUGGGGAACUCUUUUCAGUAUCCAUUGCCAUGGGAACACUGCCCUGUAGAUCACAGCACUAACACAACAGUUAAGGAAUGUUCUGGAAGCUCUCCCACCUCCUAUUUCUGGUUCCGUAAGGCAUUGGACAUCGCUGACUCAAUAGAUGAAUCUGGAGAUUUGAACCCCAUCAUGACUGGCUGUUUGCUGGCUGCCUGGGCCAUUGUCUGCCUCGCUAUGAUAAAGGGCAUCAAGUCCUCAGCCAAGGUGAUGUAUUUCUCUUCUGUGUUCCCGUAUGCCGUUCUCUUCAUCUUCCUCAUCAGAGGCCUGAUGCUGGACGGUGCCGUAGAUGGAAUCAAGUACCUGUUCUACCCUAAGUUGGAGAUUUGGGGGCAGGUCCAGGUGUGGAGACAGGCUGCCACUCAGGUGUUCUUUGCGCUGGGUCUGGGCUACGGCUCUGUGAUCGCCUACUCCUCCUACAACCCCAUCAACAACAACUGCCACCGCGAUGCCUUCAUGGUCUCCACCAUCAACUUCAUGACAUCUGUGCUGGCCUCGCUCGUCGUGUUUGUGGUGCUCGGCUUCAGGGCCAAGAACAUUGCACUCGGCUGUAUGGCGAGGAACCUGGGGCUGAUGACAGAGCUGGCUGGUGCGUCUCAGCACUGGUGGCCGUGGUUCAACAUAUCUGACCCCAGUUCAGUGGCCUUGGAGGACUACAGAGAGUGGUACGGACACUACGGUGCACAAGUAGCGGCAAACAUAACCGACUGUAACCCCGAGAACGAGAUGAAAAAGGGUGUGGAGGGAACAGGUCUCGCAUUCAUUGCCUUCACUGAGGCGAUGGCUCUAUUUCCAGCCAGCCCUUUCUGGUCGGCGCUCUUCUUCCUCAUGCUGCUGAACCUGGGCCUGAGCACCAUGUUUGGCACCAUGCAGGGCAUCCUCACCCCCCUCAUGGACAACUUCAGCCUGCUGGGGCGACACAGAACCACACUCACAGUGUGCAGCUGCACCCUGGGCUUCCUGAUCGGACUUCUGUUCACCCAGCGUAGCGGGAACUACUUUGUGACCAUGUUUGAUGACUACUCUGCCACUCUGCCCCUUAUCAUUGUGGUGAUUUUCGAGACAGUGAGUGUCGCUUGGGUCUACGGAGCUGACAGAUUCCUGGAUGAUGUUGAGGUGAUGCUGAAGUGGCGGCCCCCGAGCAUCUAUAAGUACAUGUGGAAGUACGUCUGCCUGCUGUCUAUGGUUGGACUCCUGGCUGCCAGCCUGAUACGCAUGGGCAUCAAGCGGCCCACCUACACGGCCUGGGACCACACCACGGCCACUGAAAGUUCUUUAGAAUACCCAGGCUGGGCUCUGGCCGUGUUGUCCAUGCUGAUUUUGGCCGCGUCUCUGCCAGUGCCCGUCGGGUACCUCCUGUCACUCAUAGGAGGUGGGCGGGGCCCAAUCGAUACAGGGAGUGUCACUGACGUGCACAGGGAGAGAUACACCAAGUGCGAUUCCUCCGAACCCGAGACCCUCCAAUCCAACGGCCCUGUGAAUGAGCUGGAGGAAAUGGCCAGGGCAGCCUUCCUCCCAUUGGGCCUCGAUCACUACAGGCUCCUCCCACAGCAGGAAGAUGGGGAGGAAGAGGAAGACACAGUUGUGUAAAUGUGAGUGUUGUUGGUGGGAAAGGAAAAUUAAGGAUUAGAAGAUUGCGAAGGAAAAAGAUAUUACAUGGAAAGCUCACAUUUUGGCCUAGAGAUAUUUAGGAUUAUUGCUUGCUGUCUGACUGGACCAUAUGAGAACAAUUUUGGGGGCAUUCUGAUUAGCCUCUUUAUCAAAUUUAGGCUGUAGUACCCUUUAACUUUGCAUACGUAUAGCCUUUGACAUAACAAGGGCAGGUAAUCUUCAGUGCCUUGUUCGCAAAUGUGCAUUGUUCUGUGACGUCAGGAUGAAAAGAGAUGGAAGAGGUAACAAUAGGAGCGAGCAGAACGCACAGAAUCAUUCUUGUACAGUGCCCUCCACAAUUAUUGGCACCCCUAGUGAAUAUGAGCAAA